CCGAUUGCGCCGAAACACAGACCCGUCUCUCGUUCGCACCGCAUAUGCGAAGAUGCUGGCGCGCCCAGCGGCGGCGACUGGCUGACGCGCCGUGCGCGCAAUUCGAGACCAGCGCCGGGGAAAGGCGAUAGCGGCCAGACAGCGAGCGACCCACCCAGUCGAGGGCGAUACGACGGCUCCAUCCAAACAGGUAUUCGCCCAACCAUCGACGCCCCGCUGCGACCUCCUUGGCCAGUUCAAAGUCGCGUGCGCGCAGCCACAACUGUCGCCAUGCAUCAGCUGCUGUUCUCGUCGCUUGUGGUUUCGCUGACGUUCGCGACCGUUCGGUGUCAAAUCAAAGGACACUAUCCCACAGACGACCCACCGGUGCUGAGGGCAGUUGCUGCUCUCACCACGGGAUCCAUAACAGGCACCAUCCAGUUCAUUAAGGAGAACCCUUAUGCGCAGGUGCAGGUGCACGGGAACGUGACCGGACUGAGCCCCGGCAGGCACGGCUUCCACGUGCACCGGUUCGGCGACCUUAGCGGCGGCUGCAAGAGCGCUGCCGCCCAUUACAAUCCAGCCAACGCUGACCACGGAGCGCCUUCCGACUACAUAAGGCACAUCGGCGAUCUUGGCAACAUCGAGGCCGACGUGAACGGAGUGGCGCUCUUCAGCUUCUACGACCACUUGCUGGCGCUGGAAGGCCCGCAAAGCAUCAUUGGAAGAGCAGUCGUUGUGCACGAGCGGGAAGACGACUUGGGCCGAACCACGCAUCCGGACAGCCGUUCGACGGGAAACGCAGGCGGCCGACUGGGCUGCGGAGUGAUCGGCAUCGCCUCCUACUAGGCGCAUGAGGCGCUGCAGCCGAGCCACUGCAUGCGCGACUGUUGGGCCAUCUUUCAGCGAGGUUCAAACAGUCGUCAAAAUGCGCUACUCAUUGUUUUUACUUCCUGGGCUGGCUUUGGUUAAUAAAGAUAGUCUAGUUACAAGAAA